AUGAAUACUGUUAUUGAAUAAAAUAAAUUAAAAAACUUAGCCACUUAUAUUAAUGAAGAGGAAAGAAAGUUUCAAAAACAUUUAGAAAAAACAGAAAAGACAAAUUAAAAAAGAAUUGAUCUUGAAGAAGAAAUACAUAAAAUAUAAUUAGAGAUUAUCAGUAUAUUAUAACAAUUCUAUUUUGAGAGCAAAACCACAUGAAAGAAAAUGCAGAGAAACUAUAAAAGGAUUACCCUUAAUUACUUUAAGAAAGAUAACAUGAACUUAUUAAUCUCCAGAAAGAUUUAGCAUUGGCUACUGCAGCUAAAAAAGUAAAUUUAUUAUAAAAAAGUUAGGCAGCUUAAUAAGAAUUUGAUAUUUAAAUUAAACAUCUUUAGUAAUAAAUUGCUGAAUUAAGAAGAGAAAAACAAGAUUUGAAAAGAGAAAACUUAGGAAAAUAAGAAAAAUAAACAGCUUUGAGAAAUGACUUAUAAAAGUUUGGAAAAGCUUUACAGAGUAGAGAAAAGCCUCCUGUUGAAUAUAAAAUAUAUAGUUCUUCUGGGGGUUUUGGACCUAUUUAUUAACCAUAAGAACUUAUUAAUUAACCAUAAGAAUAAUACUAGUAACAUAUAUUUUAUUGA